GGCGCCGUAUGCGCGCGCACAGUCGGCGGCCGCGCGCAGCUUGCUCGCUUCCUGGAUGGCGGCUGUGGCUGCUGGAAGCGGGACGCCCCGGGAGGAGGAGGGGCCCAGUGGGGAGGCAGCGGCCCCGCAGCCCCACGCCUCGACCAGUGCGCCCGGGCCUCGUCUCUCGAGGCUGCCUCUGGCACGAGUGAAGGCCUUGGUUAAGGCGGACCCCGACGUGACGCUCGCGGGACAGGAAGCCAUCUUCAUUCUGGCACGAGCCGCGGAACUGUUUGUGGAGACUAUUGCAAAAGAUGCCUACUGCUGUGCUCAACAAGGGAAGAGGAAAACCCUCCAAAGGAGGGAUUUGGGUAAAGUGUCACUGGCAUUUGGAUAAUGCAAUAGAAGCUGUGGAUGAGUUUGCUUUUUUGGAAGGUACUUUGGAUUGAUUGCUGAGCAGGGAAGUUUUGGGAGCCUUUACCUGCAUCCUUCAGCUAGCUCUCUGUUGGCCUCAGCUUUGAAGAACAGAGUCCUUAGAAUGUUGCACUUACACUUCCUGUUCUACCUUCACCUAAGCCGGAGUAAACAGAGAUCUCAUCUGUUAGUUUUUCUCUACAAGGUCUUCCACUGUUUGUGUCUUCCAUUUCUGGCCUGGAUGCAGCUGCCGCUACUUGGGGCAGAGAUAAAAUGAAUUGUGUAGAUUGCUGAAUGAAUGGUAAGGACUGGAAUAAAAGUUACUGAUCAACUUUAAGCUA